UCUUUCUCACGACGCGCGGCAUACAGUCAAUGUUCCAACUAUUUCGAUGACAGAUGCAGGGUGAGUGGGAUUCUCGAGCAACUCGUUGAUUCAACAUAACGACUCCUACAGUUGCCUUAUCAUGUACGACGCACUUGAUUGGAUGGGUGACGUUAUAAAUAUAAUACUGGGCACAAGUCAUCAUGAUCGCUCGGUUGCAUGCCAUGUAUCAGCGAUCCAGAAGGGUGCUGAUAUUUCUCGUUAUCAUCUUUGUGACCAUCAGAAUUGCCAACGCAGGGAUGGUCGCAAUAAAGAUGAAGCGGAUUUCAUGGGAGGAAUUCGUUCUCUCCGGCACCUAUCAGUGCAUGACUAGCAGCGCGGGAGAUCCCGCAUUUCUAGCUUCUUCUAUGACCUGGAUACUUGGCACUGUCUGGGAGGUCCUUGCACUCUGUCUCGCAGUCUGGAUUGCUGUAAAACACUUCCGUGAAUUACGACAACACUCAACGAGUGGUAUUAUUGGGGACUGUUUCACGGUGUUAAUGCAAACUCACGUUGGUUACUUUGCAAGUUAUUUUGUCAUCUCUUGCUUCCAGAUCGGUUUGUUCUCUCCAACGCUCUCAGCGGACAUGUUUUCCCUAGACACUCAGAUUUAUCUUGGUCUCGUUCAGAUAUUCCAGCUCGUGCAGAUGCUUGUGCUGGGACCACGUCUGAUCCUCGGUGUUCGAGAAUAUCACGCUGAGCUCGUGGCCAACUCUGAUACAAUAUCCGCUAUGACUUCGACUGCUUUUCAGGAGCACGUCCAUGUGUCGACUAGCAGUAGUGUGUAGCGCAGGAGAUGCUCGAUAUGAGAUUUGCAAUGGGCGGGUAGUGUGCGGGGAGCGGGAGAAUCCGUUUUUAUUUAUUCCAGGUUUUGUCGUGGUACUAAGAACGGAGCGUUUGAUCCCGCGGAACCAAUUCGCGUGUUUUUAU